CCCCUCUCCCCCACCUGCCAGACUCCCCGCCGUCCACCGCUCGCCGCCCCCGGCCGCCAUCCAGCCGCCGGUACAGGGCUCAUCCUCCCGGUCGCAGCCGUGUCCACUUCCUUCACGAAGAGAGGCGCGUAGACUGGGGAGCUGGAGCGAGGACAAGGAGACGAGGGAAAGGAUGCAGCAGCUGCAACCGAAGCAGAUGCACUGGGUGAGGGCCGACUCCUCCGACUUCGGGGGCGACCGUCCCGCCCCCCGCAGCGGGCACACUGCGGUUAUCAUUGGCAAGUCCAAGGUGGUCGUCUUCGGAGGAUUCGCCGACAAGCGCUUCCUCGCUGAUGUUUCCGUCUACGACGUCGAGAAUAAGCUAUGGUACACACCUGAGUGCACUGGUAAUGGGUCGGAUGGGCAGGCCGGCCCAAGCCCAAGGGCUUUUCACAUAGCUGUUGUCAUUGACUGCAACAUGUUCAUCUUUGGUGGCCGAUCUGGGGGCAAGCGUUUAGGUGAUUUCUGGAUGCUAGACACUGACUUAUGGCAAUGGUCGGAGAUGACUGGCUUUGGUGAUUUACCGUCACCACGAGAGUUUGCUGCUGCUUCAGCCAUAGGAAACAGAAAGAUUGUUAUGUAUGGUGGAUGGGAUGGCAAAAAAUGGCUUUCAGAUGUAUACAUCAUGGACACAAUGUCACUGGAGUGGACAGAAUUAGCUGUUACUGGAUCUGUGCCACCUCCAAGAUGUGGGCAUUCGGCAACCAUGAUUGAGAAGAGACUCCUUAUAUUUGGAGGCAGAGGUGGAGCAGGACCAAUAAUGGGUGAUUUAUGGGCUUUAAAGGGUAUUACUGAAGAAGACAAUGAGGCGCCAGGUUGGACACAGUUGAAACUUCCAGGGCAAUCUCCCUCACCACGAUGCGGUCAUUCAGUAACAUCUGGUGGACCUUAUCUCUUGCUGUUUGGAGGACAUGGAACUGGUGGUUGGCUAAGUAGAUAUGAUGUGUACUAUAAUGAAUGCAUUAUUUUAGACAGGGUAUCUGUUCAAUGGAAGCGCUUACCAACAAGCAAUGAACCACCUCCUCCUCGGGCAUAUCAUUCCAUAACUUCCAUAGGGUCUCGAUUUCUUUUAUUUGGUGGCUUUGAUGGAAAGAAUACAUUUGGUGAUUUGUGGUGGCUUGUUCCUGAAGACGAUCCUAUUGCGAAACGAGACUUAGUUCCUAGCAUCGAUUCAAACAGCAAACCUAGCACUGUGACUGAUGAUAACCAGCUAUUGAACCUAAAGGAGUCACAAGCUCUAGAAAAUCCAAUAACAGAAUUGGCCAAACGUCUGGGGAUUGCACUUUCUGAAGAAGUUUCAGCAAGUUUUGUUGACGAAGCCAAUGAUAAAGAACUUGUGGAAUUGUCAUCUAGACUUGCUGGUCAAUCGCUUCCAGCUAGUGACCAGGUUGCAUCAAUUCAGGUACUUCGUGAUCAUUGGAAAAGUUCUCCAGCAAGCUCACUACAACUACAGGAACUAGGACCUUUGCUGAGGGACUAUCAACGCCUCAUCUUGCGACACUAUACGGGAAAUUCAUUGCCAGCUUUUCGUGAAAUGGAAGCUCUCCGUUUUUUCCAUCUAAAAAGUGCUUCACAGUUGCGCAUGGAUGACAUUCCCGUCCUGUUGAGCGAGUAUGGAAGGCUGCUUUCAACAUGAGAUGGUGUCUUGCAAGCUGUGCCCUCCUGCUUGGUCCUAACAGAACUUCUGCUCCAUGUAAUUUGCGGAGAACUUUCUGCCUGACAAAAGCACACCCGUGGAGCCAUUCCUUGCCAUCAGUUGGUCUGUUAGUGCAAGUCAUAGUCGUAGCAGCGAUAGCGCACUGAGCUGAAUUCCUUUUUCUUUUGAGGACUGGACGCAGACGCACACAUAUUUCGUGCAGCCUGGCUGGGCGCUGGAAUGGGGUCAUGGUCAUGGGCUCAUGGCCAUCCACACGUGGUUAGGCCUAGCUUAGGCGAGGAGCUGGGCGGCGUGGCAAACUUGGCAGGCCGCCCAUGGUCGCGUGGAAUUCCAAGAAAACGGGGUUUUGUGUGAUGUGAGGCUGGAAACCUGGGGGGUCAGCAGCACAUGUUUCCAGUCUAUUGCACUCCCUCUGACCGAAAGGGCGCUGCACUGCAAUUUUAUUUUACUACCUUUGUUCAAAAAUAAUGGGCGUCUCCUUUUCAGAUGUC